CUGGCCUCGUGACAGUGACCACACGCUUGCUCGCCUGGAUCAGGUCGCAUUGCUAGCCUGUUCCCCGACCGAGCGGCGGUGUGAAGCAGAUUGCGGCAUAUAUAGACCUCGCAUCAUGCCCCUCGCACGCGAUCAUGUCGCCGCCAACAUCGCUGCUGUGAAGCAGGCAGAGGAAAGCGACAAGAUGGGUGCGGCAGAGAGCAGCGAGAACGGGACCACCACACAGGCAUUUGCAGGCGAACAGAGUCGCGAAGACGAAGAGAAUGUCUAUGUCAGCCUGACCCACGAUGCUCUGGACGCCUCGAAGCAAAUGGCACGGGUGAAGAGUGCAAAGGCCGGCGCUGUCGUGCUGUUCGCUGGCUGCACACGGGAUUCCUUCAACAAGAAAGCCGUCACCCAUCUCUCCUACUCAACCUACGCUCCUCUAGCUCUCAAGACGCUCUCUCGCAUUGCCCGGGAAAUAAAGCGCGAUUAUAAGCUCACUGCCAUUGCUAUAACGCAUCGCUUAGGCCGAGUCGACAUUGGCGAUGAAAGCGUUCUGAUCGCAGUUUCCGCACCGCAUCGCAAAGCAGCUUGGGAUGCCGGAGAGGCCUGCCUCGAGAGUGUAAAGAAGUCAGCCGAGAUAUGGAAAGAAGAAUGGUUCGAGGAUGGAGGAGUGUGGAGGAGUAAUCGUGAUGGCGAGGCAGGCACACCUGUGACGAAAGGGAAAGAAAAACUGGAGAAGAGAGAGACAGAUCGCCCAUCGAAAGGGAAAGAAAGGAAGAUGUCCAGUGCUGACCCAAAUGCAAAAGACAAGCUGCCUUCCAGAAGAAAAUCGAGCGCUGCGAAUAGUGGUGGGCCAAGUUCGAUUGGUAUUAAAAAGGCUGCCACUGAACCUUCGAGGCCGAAGGCUGUAACACGGACAACCACCUUUUACGAGGGCGGUUUCGAGAUAUAGGUGGGCACUGGACUUUCGCGGGAGUUCCUUGCGGCGGGUGGAUCGUGUUCUCUUAUGGUAUGUGAUGUGUAACGGCGAUUAUGAUUAGCUUUACGAGUGCAGUAGCGACAAAACGAUUGAACGGGUAUCUGCGAAGCGAAGCGAGGCGCAUGGAUGGUAUUUUGCAGAAGUAAAUAUUCAUACAGCGAA